AUGCCUUCACCACCUCCAAAGAUUGCCAUCUCUCUGGGAGGCAGCGGCAGCGGCUCUCAAAUCAAAAAGCGCACCCGUCCCACCUUCGGCAAACGACACCGCGCCGGCGCAAAUGACCAAAACUACGACGAUUCCGACUCUGACAAUUCCCAGAGCGACAAUGGCCGCUCCGGCAGCAAGCGCAACGGUCGCGCCGAGACCGUCCUGACCUAUGGCGACGACGAGUUUACUUCUUCCUCAUUCAGGUCUCGGAAGGACAGUCACAGGGGCAGCGACAGAGGAAAGGACAGUCGCAGAGACAGGGACGGCCACAGAGAAAGAGAAAGAGAAAGAUCCAGAGACAGGGAAAGAUCCUCUCACAACCGGUGGCCACGACGCUCCCCCUCUCCCUCCCAAACCACCGAUCACCAAGACUCCAAAAAGCCUGUCCAGUGGGGCCUCACCAUCAACCCCAAAUCCACCAACUCCAGAUCCUCCCCCCUCAAGAGAAGCCCCUCUCCGGAUCAGGCUUCAAAGCCCCCCAAAUCCCUUAACGACGAAGCUCUCGAGUCCCUCCUCGGGGCAUCAUCUCAGCCCAAGAAGCGCAAGCUCAAUCUCGAAUCAGAAGACCCAGACCGCGAACCCCAAGCAGAGGACUACGAGGCCGUGCCUAUCGACGACUUUGGCGCGGCUUUGCUGCGCAACUUUGGCUGGAACGGCCAAAUGCAGGGCAAGGUCAAAGAGGUGAAACGACAUGCUGAUCUCGCAGGCUUGGGCGCAAGAAACUUGAAAGCAGGCGAGGAGACGGGGACUUGGGACCCGAAGGCGGGAAUGCACAAAAAGGAUACGAGGCCGGUUCGUCUCAAUGAUUACCGCAAAGAAGAGGAAAAAAAGCGGCAGCGGCGUGAGGAUCAACGCGGGCAUAACAGUUACAGACGUGAGCUAGAGCGGGAAAGGGGGGAGGAACGUACAUGCUUCUACUGCGUGCUCUUUUGAUCCCAGCUCCUCGGCUACAUUCCGCCACACGAAAAGAAAAAAGGGUAUACUAAAUAACACAAUCAUCCUCAAAUACCGAAACGGGCAUGUUAAACUUGGUCUCAUUACAACAGCUUCGAGGUCCCCCUGGCGCUCUGCCCUCGCCGUCGCACCAUGUCUCUUCUCUCACUGCACCAAUCAUUGAGCCUUGCUCGAAACCGCAUGUACUGAAAAAACACUAUUCUGCGACGCGGUAUUGGUCAACCGAGUGUUCUUCUCGCGAUCUAGCUGCUCAUAUUGAGCAGCCGUGGCAUUGUUGAACUGUCUUGCCGAAACACC